CGAGAUGCCUUCUCCCUUCGCCGUUCGGUUCGCCCCCAAAUACUCCCCAGAGAGGCCAUCGCACACCAAAUGGUCAGUACUAGUCCUUCCUAGCUAGCUCAACAGAAACAGCAGUGCAAAGACAGGUUACAACAACCUACCCUAACAGGCCAUUCGUUCCUUUCCUUCCAGUGCACUGUAUUCGUGAGCUAGCUACCUCUGAGCUCCAACUCCAAGUGUACCUAGUGUGGCUAGCUAGCUAGCUACUGGCUAGACACUUGAGAAGCUUGCAGUGUCGCCGGCCGGUGAUGUGUGCCGAUGUGGAGGAGUGCGGUGGAGCCGCCGCCGGCAUCAAGGAGAUGGAGGAGAUCGCCGUCGGGCCUGUGUCGGACCUGGAUUUCGACUUCACGGUCGACGACAUAGACUUCGGCGACUUCUUCCUCAGGCUAGACGACGACGACCGAGAUGCGCUGCCGGACCUCGAGGUCGACCCUGCCGAGAUCUUCAUCACCGAUUUUGAGGCAAUCGCCACCGGCGCCGGCCAUGGCGGCGUCAUGGACCAGGAGGUGCCCAGUGUCCUGCCCUUAGCAGAUGCGGUGCACAUAGGCGCCGUGGAUGUGGAUGUGGAUCCAUGCUGUCCCGGUGUCCUUGGUGGCGAGGAGGACAACGUCACAACGUGCGAAGAUGUGGAAGAAGGGAAAGGAGAGUGCAACGACGACCAUGCCGAAGGCGAGGAGGUAGUCGCCGGUAAUGGUGACUCCGGUGAGGGCGGCUGUGGAACCGUUCUGGGCGAAAAGUCACCGUCUUCGACGACAUCGCAGGAGGCUGAGAGCCGUCACAAGUCGUCCAACAAGCACUCCCAUGGGAAGAAGAAAGCAAAGGUGGAUUGGACGCCGGAUCUUCACCGGAGAUUCGUUCAAGCAGUAGAACAGUUGGGCAUUGACAAGGCAGUGCCGUCCAGGAUACUCGAGAUCAUGGGGAUCGACUCCCUCACGCGCCAUAACAUUGCCAGUCAUUUGCAGAAGUACCGUUCUCACAGGAAGCACAUGCUUGCAAGGGAGGUGGAGGCCGCGACCUGGACGCACCGGCGACAGAUGUACGCUGCCGGAGGAGCCCCCAAUGGCGUGAAGAGGCCCGAUUCCAACGCGUGGACCGUGCCGACCAUCGGCUUCCCUCCGCCGCCGCCGCCGCCGCCGCCUCCUCCUCCUCCUUCUCCUCAUCCGAUGCAGCACUUCGGAAGGCCGCUGCAUGUCUGGGGCCAUCCGACGCCAACGGUGGAGUCACCCCGGGUGCCAAUGUGGCCUCGGCAUCUCGUCCCCCGCACCCCGCCGCCGCCGUGGGCUCCUCCGCCGCCAUCUGACCCGGCGUUCUGGCACCAUGCUUACAUGAGGGGGCCUGCACACAUGCCGGGCCAGGUGACUCCCUGCGUGGCAGUGCCAAUGCCAGCUGCGCGUUUCCCUGCUCCACCCGUGAGGGGUGCUUUGCCAUGUCCACCUCCAAUGUACAGACCUCUCGUUCCUCCAACACUCGAUACGCAGUUUCAGCUACAGACACAGCCAUCAAGUGAGAGCAUAGAUGCAGCAAUAGGUGAUGUUUUAACGAAACCGUGGCUGCCACUGCCCCUGGGACUGAAGCCCCCUUCAGUAGACAGUGUCAUGGGCGAGCUGCAGAGGCAAGGUGUGGCAAAUGUGCCACCAGCUUGUGGAUGAUCCCCGGGGCUCCAUAGCUAGCUGCUUGUCCCUGCAGUCCAACAAAAAGAAUUUGUCGACAUGCCUUUUCUGUUUCAAAUUUUCAUGAACCAUUUAUGGACCACUCUCUCUUAGUUAACUUGUUCAGGGUCAGAGAGCAAAACAGUACAUCCUUUCAGGUUUGAGGGAAAUCAACCUGAGUACAUCCAAGUACAAUGUGCCAUGACGGAAUAAUGAAGUCUUGGCCUUGGCCCGAAUAAUCAGUAGCUGCCAUCUCAGAUUUCA